AUGCUAGGAAUACUCAGAAACAAACCGAUUCCAAAAACCUUUUCACUGCAAAAGUAUAUAGAUUACCUUGACUAUGUUAAAUCACAUUUGCAACCGUACUUUGAAUUUUACAAAAGUGACACUGCAAAGAAAAGCUUCCAUUUGUAUCAAAGUCGUCAGAGAGAGCAGAACAAAAUGAGUAAUAUUCUGAUUUACUGUGGAAGAAAACCCUUGGAUUCGAAAUACACCAAAAGCAAGAUUUCUAUAAUUGUUUUUGGGAAUGGGAUGCAUGGGGAUGCAUGGGAUGAAAAGGAAAUACUCGGUGAACUUAAAAUUCCACCAAGAGGAUUUGACUUUUGUGUUUACGGACUGAUUAGUGUCGUAGCUUGCCAAAGCUGUGUGAUGAUAUGGAGCCAUAAUCCAAACGCUGCAAAAAACAUUAAAGUCGUUUCUGCUAGCUUGCUCUGCGGCGGUGAUCCCCCAAUUCCUUUCUGUCAUCCUCGACAAAAUUGA